ACGGCCUGUUCGUCUAAAGGAAAAAGAAAUGUGGCGCUCAAUUCGCCAACUCCCUUCUUUCCCCGUCCGUACAACCAGCACCCAAACGCUGCCAUACUCUUACUAUCUCUCUCUUCCCCUCUCCCUAGACCCCGAUCUUCCUCUUUCUUCUUCACCCCCUCUAAAACCCUACGCUUAACCGCCACGUCAUCACCCUCCACCAUCAUCCUAUGGACCUUCAACGGCGGCGGCUUCGGCAACGCCAGCCGAAGUAUCGCCUCCAGAUGCAUUUCCUCGUUCCCGACCCCGCAGCCGGAAAUGGCGGUUGAUUGGAACGAGGCGGUUUCUUCCUCGGAAGUCGGCGAUGGAGCGGUGGAAGAAGUCACUAAACGCUCAAUUCCAGUUCGAGCCUAUUUUUUCUCCACCAGUGUGGAUUUGACAGGACUGGUGGAGCAGAACAAGCAGAAUUUUAUACCGCCGACAUCACGAAUGACUAAUUAUGUAGUUCUUAAGUUUGGUGAUCUUGCUAGCUCUCCUGGUCCUGGUGUUUUCAUAAGUGGAAGUGACUGCUGUUUUAUGGUGGUAUUCCAGUAUGGUUCCAUCGUGAUGUUCAAUGUUCGUGAAUGUGAUGUGGAUCAGUAUCUUAAAAUUGUUGAAAAACAUGCAUCAGGAUUGCUUCCUGAAAUGCGAAAGGAUGAGUAUGAGGUAAGAGAGAUGCCUACUCUGAACACAUGGAUGCAAGGUGGAUUGGAUUACAUCAUGCUGCAGUUCUUGAAUAUUGCAGUUCUUGAAUAUUGAUGGAAUCCGUACCAUUGGAAGUGUUCUUGGUCAAAGUAUUGCUCUUGAUUACUAUGUGCGCCAGGUUGAUGGAUGGUUGCGGAAUUUACCGACAUAAAUCGUGGGAUGGAAAAAACAGGAACAUUUACCAUGGAUAGCAAAAAACUUUUUCAG